GUCCAGUGCUCUCAUAUGCUCACCGGCGCCAGGUGUGAGGCCGGUGUUUGUACCUGUGACAGCGACUACACGUACGUGCGCGGCCGCUGCCGGAAGCUGGUGGAUCUCGGGCAGCCGUGCAGCGAGGACAUCGACUGCUUCUUCAGCCACAACCGGGAGGCGGUCGUGUGCCACCGGGGAACGUGCGAGUGUGCCGACGGCUUCUACCGGCGCAGCACCAACGUUUGCCGCCGGCGUGUGACAAAAGGUGAAGAAUGCAUCGUGCACCAGGACUGUGACGGGGAUAACUUGCAGUGCGUGAACCAGGUCUGCACCGAUGCGGCCGCACAGACGAAAUCCUUCCGCGAUGCGGCCAUACAGACGUCGGUCGACGUGGCCGGUCAGCCGAGCGAGCAAGGGUCCCCGGCGAAGGAGCCGCCAACGCGCGACGCCGAGACCAACACCGACCAGCAAACCCAAGUCGGUCCGUCCAAGCGGGUACAGAUCAACGUUAAGCGGGCGGCGAAGGACUGUGCAAACUGUCGCAAUUAUGGUGACGUUUGUCUCGAGGAGGGCGUCGAGUGUACGGAUGUGCCUUACUCGGUGUGCCGAAUCGGGCAGUGCCAAUGCAAGGAGGGCUACUAUAACGUGCAGGGCCGCUGUAUGGCGGAGCUCGGCGAAUACGCACACGACAUGCAGUACUGCCAGGAGGAUCAUGAGUACCGAAAUAAUCGAUGCACCUGCCGGAAUGAUCAGUUCUACGACAACAACAUGCGCUCGUGUUUGAAGCCCGCCUUGGGCAUCAACACAUCCUGUACCCAGCAAAGCCAGUGCUCGCCGUACGGUGCUGCGUACUGUCCGGCGGCUUCGCCGAAGCGGUGCACGUGCCACCCGUACGCCGAGUACGACGAAAAAACGCAGCUCUGCAUCGAGAAGACCGGCCACGAGGCGUACUGCGAGCGAGACGCGGACUGCGCACUCGAGAAUGCACGCUGCUCGGACCAGAAGACGUGCGUCUGCCAGACGAACUACUUCUACGUGGACGAGCGCUGCAAGGCGGCCAAGGGUGGUGAGUGUGAGACGGAGGCCGACUGCUCGUUCGCGGACGCCGAGUGCGUGGCAGGGGAACCGUCGGAGGAUGAGCAGAGCACCACCAGCGAGCCGAAACGGUGCACCUGCAAGCAGGGCUAUCACUUCCAGACCGCCAGCAAUCGCUGCCUGAAGGAGGCGGAACAGUACGGGGACGAGUGCAGCGCGGACGAGCAGUGCCAGCCGUUACUCGGCGAGCUGGGCCAGUGCAUCGGGGGCAGCUGUCAGUGCGACGAGAAAAAGGACCAUUUCAAGGAUGGCAAAUGUAACACCAAAAUCGCUCUCGAGGAACGCUGUGGAAAAUCCAGCGAGUGCUUCGUCGAAGAUGGGCAGGACAAUGUCGAAUGUCGCAAUUCGGCUUGUCAGUGUAAGUUUGACUACUCGCCGGACGUGGAGCAGCAAAAGUGCAUUAGACCAAGUGGCAAAAAUUCUUCCGACCGUCCCAGCGCCCUGAAGGUGAUCACCCUCAUGCUGACCAGUGCCGCUGUCCUCAUCACGGGUUCGGCAUUACGUGACGCAUAUUACGCCUAAGCAUGGGGAGGAGAGAAAAGGAUGCACCGAAUUGUUACAAAUGGCGUUCGUUGGAAUAGUCACAACUUGAUGGCGAAUGGUGCUCCGGUUGUUUCGCCACGAAAUAAUUUAAAUAUAGCCGAUUCCAUGCGUUUAAUGAAUGGGUGGACGUAAUAUGGUUUCUAAGUAGCAAAACAAAGUUUAAAGCAUACGAAAAUCACUAACAAUAAUUGCAUACACCAGCAGCGGAAUAUUUCGUUAGCGGAAAGGGCGAGCGUAAACGAACGAGCAAUAUUCGCAACUAUUUAUACACCAAACUGCACAUAGCAAUAAAUAAUUAAAAAAGAAGAAAAAAAAGUAAAAAAAACACGUAGAGAACGAGCUAGAGAGAAACCCGUCGGUAGUAAUGAAAAAAACCAUUUACCCGUGCGUGUGAGCUGUAAGGCGCAGAAAUAUUAAUCAUAUGUACGAACGUGACAACCAAGAGCUAAAACAAAUGAUAGCAUAUUAUGGUA